AUGGGAGGAAUUGGAACAUUAUUAAAAAUAUUAGAUGGAUUAUGUGGACAAAUUAAAGAAAAUAAGGUAGCAAGUAUUAGAUAUAUUCUUAGAGCUAUGGCAGUUGCAUCUAAAUUUACAGAGUCAUUAGCAGAAAUUAAAAAAAGUAAUACAAUAUUGUCUAAUAUUAAGAUGUGUCUUGGAAGUGACUUACUUGGAGUUGUAGAAGCAUCACUAGAAUGUAUAACAUGUUUCUCAAAGGAUGAAGAAAUAAGAAAUGAUAUGUAUAAUAGAAAUUAUCUUGGAUAUUUAAUUCACAGAAUAUUAUCAUAUGACCCAACACUUGAAGAAGCAGAACAAGAAAGUAUUCAUCAAAUGAAAAAUGCUAUUGCUGGAAUGUCAUUAUUAGCAAUGAAAGAGUUAGUUAAAAUCCAAGAAAAUACAGAAGAAACAAAAGCAGUGUUUGCAUUAUUUACACCACAACUUGGACUACGAAUUAGACAUGGUAGUGUUGGGGAAACACUCAGUUUAAUUACAUCUACAACACAAACACCAUACUUAUUAUGGACAAACAAAACAAGACAAGAAUUAAUUGAUUAUAUUGAUGCACACUUAAAUGGAACAAUGGAAUGGACACCAAAAGAAUAUGAACUAUUUAGAUUCCCAUCAUUAAAGAAAGAAUUAAUUAUUAAUGGAGUUUAUAUUAGACUCUUUAAUGAACAAAUAAGAACAUGUGAACCACUACCAGAUCCUAUUAUUUUCCUAAGAGCAUGUUUAAAAAUAAAUGAAAUGAAUAAAGAAUGGGAACAACUUAGAGCUAUUGCUAUUUGUAAUGUGUUUGAUCAAUAUGAUGUUAUUAAUGCCGUUUGUGAUGAUAAUGAAUUAUUAGAAUUAUUAUUUAAUUUAUUAAAAGAAGAACCAGAUGACCCAAUUGUUCAAAAAUCAAUAUUACAUUGUGUUAAACGAAUUGUAAGUAAUGGACAAUGUGUUGAAAUUGUUGCUAAAUCUAAAGUAUUAUCUAAAUUCCUUGUAUUACUUCAUCCAACAGAAUAUCUUGAAGAAGUAGUACCAUUAACACAAUCACUAUUCUCAGUAACAACAGGAUUACAACAAGGAAUAAUUAGAGGAGGAUUACUUUAUCUUUUAAAUCAUUUUGUUAAUGACAGUGAACUUGAAAGAAGAGUUCUUGUAUCUCAACUAAUUGGUAAAAUGUCUACUACGCCAGGUAUUGGACCUAAAGUUUCAUUAACACUAAGUAAAUUCUUCCCAAUUUCUAUUAUUAAUACGAUGAAAAUGGAUGCAAGAGGAGCAGUUAUUUUACUAGAUUCAACUACAGAAACACCAGAAUUAAUUUGGAAUUCAGAAAUGAAAAAUGAUGUUGGAAUUUUCAUUGGUAAAAUGACUAAGGCAUUUUACACAAAACAACUUUCUGACCCAACAGUUAAAUGGCAAGUUCCAGAUACUUUUGCAUUUAAAUAUAAAGAACUUGAAAAUGAAUUAUGUAUUGGAGGUGUAUUUAUUAGAAUUCUUAAUAAAAAUCCUACAUGUCCACUUAAUAAUCCAAAUGGAUUUAGUGAUGGAUUAUUUAAUAAGUAUCAAGAAGCUGUUAGACAACGAGAUGUUACUUUAAUGGAUGUUCUUGCUAAAACAGCAGCAGUGUUUUAUACUAAUCAACCACAAUGUUUAGAUUAUUUAGCACCAUCGGGUCAUUUAUCUAAACUCGUAGAAUUAUUAAAGAAAGCACCAAGUGAAUCUCUCUUUAUUAUUCUUCAAGUUAUUGUAAGUAAUAAAGAAUGUAAAGAAAAAUUGAUUGAUGAAAAUGCAGUACCUAUUCUUGCUAUUACCAUUACACAAAUGGUGGAUCAAGCACAACUAAUUUCAGAUAUCUUUAGAUCAAUGACAUCUGAUGUUGAUUGUAAGGGGGUAUUAUGUUUUGUUCCAAAAUUAUGUGGAGAAGAUGUUCAAGAAUCAAUAUUCAAAAUACUUGAUGGUAAUCUUGACCAACAACUUGGAUCAUCUUCCCCAGAAGUGAAAGCAUUAAUAGUUGAUGCUUUACAGAAUGCUUUACAAGAUUCUACACAUUCAGAACAAUUAGAAUAUUGUUUAGACCAACAUCCUUCAUGGGCUAAAUAUUCAAGACAAAAACAUGUUCUCUAUCUUUCUGGUGCACCAUCUAUUGCUGGGUAUAUUGCUGGUCCUACAUCAAGUGGGGCUGUAGGACUAUUGACUGCAGCAGAAGAUGCAUCAAUCCAUCGACCAGAUGCACCACCCGAACUUAAAUAAUUCAAUUAACAUUCCUUUUAUAUUUAA